AUGGAAGAGCUAGAGAGCACUUGUCAACUAGUGAUUGAACACAUUUUGUCCGCCAAGGCAGUGCAAGCCGAGUCUGUUGGCCUGCCGCCGGUCUUAGUAAGGCGGCCUGUGGCCAAUAAGCAGCGCCGCCCACUUUCGGCCUCCGCUUCUGCCCAAGGUGCUGUCGCCACUGAGGACUCGGCCCGCAUAAGUCUGAUCGGUCGUCCUCCAUCCUCUUUGUCGGAAGCUAAUCUGGCCAGGGCAAAGCGAAGUUUCAUCACUUACAUACGAGCAAAUCCACCGAGUCAUCUGGACCAAGGAGUAGAGAAACAACGUCAACUGGCUGGGCUUUUUCUGCGCUUUCUUGACAGCUGA